UGAUGGUUAGAACACUUGACUAUCACGCCGAGGACCUGGGAUCGAAUCCCACUCCCGACAAACUCACAAAAUGUGAGUUCUUCCUUCGAAAGGGAAGUAAUGCGUGGGUCCCGAGAUGAACUAGCCUAGGGCUAAAAAUCUAGUUAAUACAGAUAAAAAAAAAUGUUCAUAAACUACGUCACGAUUUGACGGGUAGAUAAGGUUUAGUAAAGUGCGACGAUCCAUACAUAAAUUCCAGAGGUCUCAUAAAACAGUGUUACAUGGCUGUCCGUAUGUGGUUUCAAGUCUAUUGAAUUUUAUUGUUAUUAAAGCCAUGACAUCAGAAAAGUCAAUAUAAAAUUGAGGAUACCAUCGGUUAAAGGGCUAAUAGACAUGUGCUAUCGAUUAUCCCAAUCUUAGUGGUUUGCAACAUUCUUGCAUUAUAAAGUCCCAUGCCGACUGCCGUUUCGCGCCAGCCAAGUUCGAAAAUGCAGCACGGUCAAACGUUCCACAGUGCCAUGCGACCGAUUUUGCUGCUGUACCAAGUGAUAGGCGUAUUUCCCGUCUACGGGAUUACGAGAAAAGAUCCUCAAGAUUUGCGCUUCCGGUGGCUUACGUUGAGAGCCUUGUUUUCGGUUACCAUUAUGCUGAUUGGAUUAGUGAUGAGUGUCGUUGAGUACGAAAGACUGACGCGGGUCGGAGGAGUCAACACGCAGAGCAUAAUUGGGAUCUUAUUCUACAUGGAUACGGUGUUUAGCAUAAUGCUGCUGGUGAUGAUUGCCCAGAGAUGGAAACAGCUGGUUGUUAAAUUUGGUGAAAUCCAUGAAGUCUUCGUAUUUGGUAGUAGCGGCGGCGAAGGGAAGAAAGGAAUUCAUCUGCCGAUACGUGCUACUGCAUGCACUUUGCUGGUGAACUGCAUCGUGUUACAUGUGAUUUCGAAAGCUGCCGACAUGGUUAACCAGUAUCGUGAGGCGAAGUUUUGCGGUUGGAUUGUGGAUAAUUUUCCACAUUAUUACGCCACUCGCAACUAUUCCUUCGUACUCAAGCAUGUUCCUUACAACAUUUUGAUCGUGUUGUUUUUUGAGUACUUGGACGUGGCUCUGAAACUGGCGUGGGCUUGCCACGAUUUGAUGAUCAUUUUGACCAGCAUUGGAAUAUCGUUCUACUUCCAUGAGAUCUACGAAAAGGUACAGAUAUUCGGCAACGGAAUCAUGAUAGCGAACGAGAAAUUCUGGAUAGAGAUCCGUUUCCAGUAUGUGCUGCUUUGUGAGUUUGUAAAGGAAGCGAACUCCCAUUUGGCAUUGAUAAUUGUACACUCCUGUUGCAAAAAUCUGUACCUCAUGUGCUACGAGUUGAUUAAAAUAGUCAGGAAAGAACAGAGCACCGCUUCGCGCAUCCAUCACUGGUGUUCCCUGAUUUACCUCAUCAUCAAGACAACUAUGGUGUUCCACAACGCGGCGAUGGUCUACGAAACGGCCAAAGCUCCGCUGGUGGUCUGCAGAAGUAUUCCCAACAAAGGAUGGUGUUCGGAACUUGAGCGUUACAUUGCUCAGCUGAGGUCCGACAAGGUCGCUUACAGUGGAAUAGGAUUUUUUCGGCUCACCAAAAGAACCAUGCUGGCGAUGGUCGGCUUAGUGGUAAGCUAUCAGUUGGUAAUGUUGAAAGUAGCAAAAGAUACCAAGGGCAUUGGUGCCGUGGUUCCAUGUUCGCGGCUGGCGUUUUCGAGGGAUUAAGUCUAGUAGACCUUGAUGAGUACAAAUUUAAAAUUUAAACUGACAAUUUUAGCAACUACAUAUAGAUAGAAUACUU